UUAUCGAUUAAACCUUACUUCGCGCACACAUAUCCAAUUAUCCACUUAUCAAUAACUUAUAAAUUAAAGUAAAAAAAAAACUUAUAAAUUACUACGUAUUUACAAAUACAUUUGGGAAAAAUAUUUCCUUUGUGUGACGUGUAGUAUGAGUAUGUAUAAAGUAGUAGGACUAGGACUAGGACUAGGACCCUUCUAUGUGAAAAUAAAAUAAAAUACAUGUAGGAUUAGGAUUAGGACUAGGACCAUGGGCAAGGGAAAAGACACCUUUAAAUUAAUAUUCCCCGAUAAUGUAAUGUUAAUGCCCUUAACCUUACCUUACUCAACCCAAUCAUUCUACUUUCUAAUUCCAACGCCAUCCCAUCCAUCCCAAUCCCAUCCUUCUCAGAUCUAACCCUUCCCUCCCCUUCUCUUCACAAAUAAAAUAAAACAAAAAAAAUCCCAAAAAAUUCAUUCAUAUUCUCCAUUUUUAAUUUUCUUUCCUCUUUUGUAAAUGCACACACACUAUCACUAUGCCUAAUCUCCACAAAUUCAAGCUCUUAGCCACACAAUGUGCCAUCGCCGGCAGUCCAACUCGCAGUCCAACAACCAGUCCCGUCAUCCACCUCCGCCGUCGGAAAACCCUCCGAAUGUUCCUCACUCGUCCACACGACCGCCGUCGUUUCCAUCCUCCUCCCUUAGAUCCACCAAAAAAGUCCUCCGAUGAAGUCAAGGUUCGCCACAAGCUUAAAGACCUAUUCGUCUCUUCGCCGUCUCCGCCACCGACGCUACAAGAAGAGAAGAACAGCUUUCAACAGCAAAAUCAAAAUCAGCAGUACGAUCAGAAAGAUGGACUCCUCUCUGGCUCCAACGUCGGUGUUCGAUUCAGAACUGGAUCUCCGUUCCGUCGAUCUUCCGCUGUUGCAGCUCUACGGCCAGUAUCAUCGGCGUUCCGGUACAGGUUACUGAGAAGAGCUUGGCGACCGGUACUGUUCACAAUCCCUGAGUAACGGUUAUAGUUUCUCUCUACUGUGAUAACUGUACGGAUGAGUUAAAUUCCGAUUUUAUUGUUUUAUUUUUUUAAUUUUUGGAGAAAUAGUAAUAGUAAAAAUAAAUAAUAAAAUAAUUAAUAAUCGCGUUCAGUUUUCGGCGCUAACGUGCGCGGGUUUCGUUUCCGUGUUUCUGGUAAAAAGUUAAUGAAACUAACCUUUGGCGGAAAUGGGGGCGUUUUAAUGUACGACGUCGUAUGCUGAAUUUUUUGCGUUUUGUUAAAGUAUUUGGUAAGUAGUAGAAGUAUUUAAUUAAUGAAUAGAAGAAAGUGCACUGAUUACUGAUUAAUUAAGUGAUUGUUGAAUAUAAUUUGGUAGUAUUAAAAUAAUGGUGUAUCUAUUAUAAAAAAAUAUAUAUAUAUAGUAAUGGUGUGUGAAUUUUUAUUGGAACUGGAUUCUGGUGUGUAGGAAUCGAUGAUGCCAUGCUAUAACAAGAUUGUCUUUA